AUGGAGAAGCAGUACGGCUCUCUGGAGCGAGCCGAGCCGGGCGAGGUCGUCACGAGAACAGAUGAGGAUGACAUCGUUUCCAUGGCAGACUCCACCGUCACUGUGGAUGACAUUGAGGGAGAGCUCUUUAAAAUCGAAAGGAUUCGAGAUGUGCUGGUGCGGAGAGAAUCUGAGCUGAGAUACAUGAUGGAUGACAUUCAGCUAUGUAACGAAAUCACCAGACUUAAAAAAGAACUGCAGAAAUUGGUGUCAGUACCAGACAAAGACAAGUCUAAUGAGGACAGACAGCGAGAGGAGGAACUAUUACAACAGAUCCAUAAGCUGGUGGAGACUCGGGACUUUCUGGUUGAUGAUGUAGAGUUUGAGAGGCUGAGAGAGAAAGAGGAGGACAAAGAGAUGGCGGAAUUCUUACAGACAAAAUUUCCCAUAAGCACCACCAAAAAAAGUUCCAUUAAGAAGAGGAGAAUGACCUCUAGGGCGCAGCAGACUUCCUCUCCAAAAGUGUCCAAGACUGGCCUCACCCUGCUUAAAGAAUGCUGUGGUUUUACUUGUUCCAUCAUGUAAAUAGAGAAAGAAAUAUAUUUACUGAGUAUAGAAGUAAAAAAUGA